AUGACGACCGAUAGGAAGUGGGCAGACUUCGAGUUGGAAGAUGACGGAGAAUUGGGAGAGCUCGCAGCCACCACUGGGGGCUUCGAAUCUCGUCCAGACAGCGACGGCAUUAAAACAAUUACGAACUACGUGCAGAAUGCUAAGGGAGAAACUCUUAAGAUAGUGAAGCGUAUUAAGGUGACGAAGGUCGUACACCGCAUAAACAAAGCGGUGUAUACACGGAAGAAUAUUCCUCUCUUUGGCGUUGAGGCAGCAGAAGGAAGUGCAGGGAAGGCUUUUACUGUCAGGUCUGUAGAGGAGAUCCCUCUGGAAAUAUCUAAGGAAACUAUGUUGAGGGCAAAAUUCAAAGAAGACGAAGACGACGAAGACAUUCAGUUUGCUGAUUUAAAUCCGGCGAAGACUUCGCGCGACCUCAGACAGAAAUUCUUAUCCCUACAAAACGACGACGAGCCGGUAUGCCAGCAGCAGCAGCAGCAGCAGAGUAGCAGCAGCAGCAGCAAGUGCAACAGCGAACGCAGCCUCACCAGCCUUGCUGAUAGAAGCAUUGAUAACAGAAGUAGCAGUAGCAGCAACAACAGCCCGAGCAGCAGCUGCUGCAGCAGCAACAUCCGCGCGUGCAGGAGCCUUGAGAGCAACAGUAGCAGUAGCAGCAGCAACAGCAGCAACAGCAGCAACAGCAGCAACAGCAGCAGCAGGAAAAGUUGUGUUUGCUGCGGGUUCGAUGUGCGCAGGUGGAUGGCGGCGAUGGCGAUCCUCUGGGCUGCCGGCUGGGAGUAG